UUCUCCAACCUGUCUAAAGGAUUACCGUCAUCAUUUAUCACUGAGUCAUAAAUUUUCCAAGUACUUGGUUGGUUCGUCUCGUCCAAAAUACUCCGCAGGGGAGUUUUAACAGGAGGCCAGAAACACCGGGGCAAGCCUCUUCUCUUGACUAGCGAUAUGUUCCUGGGCUAACAUCUUUCACCUUCAAGCGCGACAUGGGAGUACCCAAUAAAGUUCUGACAUUGGUGUUAAUUAGAGAGGAGUACAGGAUCCUCCUGGGCAUGAAGAAACGGGGCUUCGGCGUCAAUCGAUGGAACGGGUUUGGCGGGAAAGUGGAAGCUGGGGAGACCAUUGCCCAAGGAGCCAAAAGGGAGGUGGAGGAGGAGUGUGGUCUCACACUGACAGAAUUUGAGGAAGUCGGGAGGAUAGACUUUGAGUUUGUCGGCGAGCCACAGAUUCUUGAGGUGCACAUCUUCCGAGGGGACAAAUACGAGGGGAAACUUCAAGAAACGGAAGAAAUGAGACCCAAGUGGUUCGCACUGGACGCCAUUCCCUUCCACAGCAUGUGGCCUGACGAUGCAUACUGGUUUCCCAUUUUCCUUCGGGGGUCAAAGUUCAAAGGUUACAUUAAGUUUGAGGGUCACGACAAAAUAUUGGACUGUAGCCUGGAGGAGUUGGAGACCACAGACAGCUAUUGUGUAAAGUGACUCAAAUAGAGGCAUUUGGGGCAUCUUUUCAUGUAAAAUUGGUUCGCAAACUGCUGAAUUAAGUUACAUACACGUGAUGCUGCUCUAUUUUUAUACUAUUUUUAUAAUUGAACAAAAGCAACUUUGUUUUCAUUUAAAUGAAAAUUUCACUUGGAUAUUCCAAUUGUAAAUUGGUAUUAAAAUGGGUGUGUAUGCGAAUAAUUAGUAUGUUUUCACCUUUGUUUCCAAAA